GCAGCACUCUUCUCUCUGUCCUCGCGCUUGAGAGAACGAACGAAUAGAGGCAGGCAGUCGUUAUACUCGGGUCUUUCGUGACAGGCUAACUUUUCGGAUAUGUCCGAUAUUACAUAUAUAUGUAUCGUGUUUAAUCAAAUAUAAUAUAUAAUUAUUUAUAAUAGAUAAUUAAUCAUUUCUUAAAUUUCGUCAUGGUGAAAGAUAAUCAUAAAAAGUAUCGUUCGGAUCUCACUUCGGUAAUAAGUUAAAAGGAAAGAAAAGAAAUUACAAAUUUAAUAAUUUUCUCAUAUUAUUAAUAUUUGUAUAUUUAAUAAAGAGAAAGAGAAAGAGAGAGAGAGAGAGAGAGAGAGAGAGAGAGAGAGAGAAGAGGUAAUCUCUAUUUUGUGAAGAAUACAAAUGUCAAAGGUGAAAAGAAUACGAUAAUCAAGAGUUUACAUUAUUCGUUUGCUCGAAUCGAUCUACUAAAACAUCUCUUUGGUAAACGUGAGGAUUUCAACCCUUAUAAAAAAGUGAAAGAUAAAAGCAAGAGGGAAAGUAUAUUUAAAAAGGAAAGAAGAGCAGGAGUGGAUAUAGCGUAUAUAAAAAGAAUAGGAUUUUCAUUUGGAAAGGUCGAGGUAAAUAUUGACACCUGCUGACACAGCUGGUCGGACUUUUGUGUCCAGGUAUAAAGUAAACGAAGGGUAGAAAAAAGGUGACAGUAUACAACGAGCCACGUGCCGAUCGAACAGGAUCAUUCGACCUCCCCCACCAGCUACGACAUCAACGUCAACCUUCGACCAACAAAGUUUACGUCUACGGUCGAAUCAUUACUAUCUCGGAUCUGUGUUAUCAUGACGAAGUCUACAAAAUCGAUCUGCAAAAUUUCUAAACAUUUUUAUACACGGAUUCUAAUCGUCAUGAAGAUAAUACUGAUAACUAUCUUACUGGCUUGUAGCUUCGGUUUAACAAAGUUACAGAAGAGUCCAGAAUUCUUAUUUUACAAUUACAAUGGCGCCAAAAGAUCUUAUUGUCCUUUGAGUGAACAUAUCGGUAAUCAACCUGUUAACAGAAAGGAUACAUCUUUAAGAUUAAGACAAUUAAGAUCUGAAAUGGUCCGAGUAGCAUCAAUCGAAACAGCACCACUGCAUGGUUAUAUUGUAACAUCGGAUGACGAACAUCAGAGCGAAACCGUCGAUCCACGAGAUAUGAGAAGAGAAUUUUUAACCGGAUUUUAUGGUAGUGCUGGAGACGCAGUUGUAACAUUAGCAAAAGCUGUUCUGUGGACAGAUGGAAGAUAUCAUCUGCAAGCAGAUUUAGAACUUGAUUGCAAUUGGAUACUCAUGAAAAGAGGACGAAAACCAAUUCCAACAAUAACAGAAUGGUUGAAACAUGAAUUUCAAAAUCGGCCAAACAUCCGAAUAGGUGCAGAUCCGAAGUUAGUACCUGCAGCUAUAUGGGAAGCUUGGGAAAUAGAUUUAGUAAAUACAUCCAUAAGUUUGGUAGCAGUCCGCAGAAAUUUGGUGGAUUUAAUCUGGCAAGUAGGACGACCAAAUUACAAUUCUUACGCAGCAUACCCAUUGAAAGAAGAAUAUGCAGGGAAAUCAUGGCAAGAAAAAAUAAAAGAUAUAAGAUUACAAAUGAGUCUUGUCAAGGCAGAUGCUCUUGUAGUCACAGCAUUAGAUGAAAUAGCUUGGCUCUUCAAUAUUCGAGGAUACGAUCUCCCUCAUACUCCUGUUCUUAGAUCCUACGUCAUCGUUACACAAGGAUCUCUUCAUCUUUAUACAUCCAAACAUAAACUUUUGCGAUCCGUUGAUACUCAUUUAAAAAUGGACUCUUGCUUCCACGCGGAUUGCGUCAAAUGGCACAAUGAAACGUGUAUCUGGGAUGAUUUAAGGACGAUGUCUCAAGCAUGGAAGAAAGUUUGGCUACCAACACCAUGUGGAUAUGCUCAAGGAGCUUCGAAAGAAAUAUUUUCUUCCAUUCCAAUUGAAAAACGAUUACCAAAAGCAUCGCCUAUAAUUGAUCUAAGAGCGGUAAAAAAUGAAAUCGAAGCUGAAGGGAUGAGGAAAGCUCAUAUCAGAGAUGGCAUGGCCAUGUGUGAUUUUCUUGCUUAUAUAGAAGAACAAAUAUCUUUAAAUUCUGAGGGAUGGGACGAGAUGCAAGUAUCCAGAGUCGUAAACGAGUUUCGUUUGGAACAGGAACUUAACAAGGGUAUUUCUUUUGCAACGAUUGCUGCUUACGGUGCUCAUGCUGCGUUACCUCAUUAUGAACCAAUUAAUUUAACAAAUGUACCUAUCGGGAAAACUUCGUUGUUGGUUAUUGAUUCAGGUGGACAGUAUUUAGACGGUACAACAGAUGUAACAAGAACAUUACAUUUUGGAGAACCUACCGAAGAACAAAAAAAGGCAUACACAAGAGUAUUAAUAGGAUCGAUACAGUUAUCUUCUUUAAUCUUUCCAGAUGAUCUGAUGACUGAUCAGCUUGAUGUAUUAGCUAGGAGACCUCUUUGGAGUACCGGUAAUGACUACAUGCAUGGUACUGGUCACGGGAUUGGACACUUUUUAUCGGUUCAUGAAUCCCCAAUUAGUAUAUCAUAUACAGGUGGUAUGACUGUUACUUUAAAGCCAGGAUUUUUUUUAUCCAAUGAACCAGGAUUUUAUAAAAAGGAUGAUUUCGGUGUACGUUUAGAAAAUAUACUUGAAGUCGUAACUACCAAUAUAUCGAAAACAACAGGACAAAAUUUCUUAAAAUUUCGGGACGUCACUCUUGUACCAUACGAACCUAAAUUGAUAGAUUUUAAUAUGUUAACACCAAUGCACUGUCCUUUGAUCAGUGAUAUACAUACUUCUAAUGAUAUGCAGCGCCGGUGGUUAAAUAAUUACAAUCAACGAAUCAGAGAAGAGGUCGGCAGAGAAUUAAAAAAACAUUUAAAAAUGAAAGGCUUUUAUUGGAUGAUGGACAAGACAAAAAACAUUCCUGAAUGGGGUAAAGUCAACAAGGACAUUCUUCUCGCGCGUUCUCAUUCCAAUUCUUCUACAUUCAAAAAGAUUCAUGUGCUAGUGAUCAUUAGCAUCAUCUACAAUAUUAUUUUAAAUUUUGCAACGAUUUAUAGUUAAUACAAAGGUUUACUUGUUGUUCUACUUAAAAAACCUUGAAUAUAUAUAAAAUUAUUAAAUAUAAUAUAAAACAAGUAAAAUAUACAUUCUAUAUUGGAUUAGAACAAAUACUUUAAUUUGUGUCAAUAAUUGUAACAUAACAAUGUACAUACAUGAUAGUACAAUGAUAAUAGAUAUGUUUAAAAAAAAGAUGGAGACCUAUAUAUUGUGUGUUCCAUAUGUAAAGUACAAGUACAAUUAGACUGACUUUAAUAAGAAUUUUGAUCAGUCUAUAAAAACUUAUGUGAUUAGUUAAACUAUUUAUUGAAAGCUAUGUUUAAGUAUUACUAUAAUUUUACUGUGAUACAUAAUUGCAACAAAUAUAUGAAUAUGUAAGAUA